UCAACCCGCCGGUUCCGAUGGGCCCCGUGGGGGACUCGGCGAGGCUCUGGCGCUUCUUCGGCGUGUACCUGCUUUAUUGCCUGAACCCUCGGUACCAGGGCCGCGUCUACGUGGGGUUCACCGUCAACCCUGCUCGUCGGGCUCUGCAGCACAACCGGGGCCGCAAAAAGGGCGGGGCUUGGAGGACCAGCGGGCGCGGGCCCUGGGAGAUGGUGCUCAUCGUUCACGGCUUCCCUUCCGCGGUGGCCGCCCUUCAGUUCGAGUGGGCCUGGCAGCACCCGCACGCCUCCCGCCGCUUGGCGCACGUGGCUCAGCGCCUGCGCGGCGAGGCAGCCUUUGCAUUCCACCUGCGCGUGCUGGCCCACAUGCUGCGCGCGCCCCCCUGGGUCCGCCUCCCACUCACCUUGCGUUGGCUGCGCGCCGACUUUCGUCGUGAGCUAUGCCCGCCGCCUCCGUCGCACAUACCGUUGGCUUUCGGGCCUCCGCCUCCUCGGGCGUCGGCCUCCAGGCCCCGCGCCCAUCCCUUUGGUGACACCGAGCCCCCGCCGGACCAGGACGCCGAGACCCGCUGUUCGCUGUGCGCGCGCGCGCUCCAGGAUGAAGAGGGCCCCUUGUGUUGCCCCCACCCUGGCUGCCCCCUAAGGACCCACGUGAUCUGCCUGGCAGAGGAGUUUCUACGGGAGGAGCCAGGGCAGCUUCUGCCCCUAGAGGGCCAGUGCCCUGGCUGUAAGAACUCACUGCUGUGGGGAGACCUGAUCUGGCUGUGCCGACUGGGCACCGAGGAGGAAGAGGAGGACUUGGAAUUAGAAGAGGAACACUGGACAGACAUGCUGGAGACCUGACCCCCAGCACCCCCAACCCUCCACCCACUCCUUUUCUGUGCCCCACCCUGCAGUUUUUACUUGAGUACAAUAAAAAGUCUGAGUUAAGGGUAUCUUCUGGUGUUUGCGUGUGUGUGUCUGUUGGAGGCAGAAGCCCUGCCAGUCACUGGGGCCUGAGGAGAACACAAGAGGAGGGAGGGGCCACUGACUCUGGCUGGAGCAACCUCUCUACUUGGAUGCCCCUCUGCCUCAGUUUUUCCCAGCCUGCCUCUGACUCAGCAGUUCUGGACGGCUUGGGAGACACACCGUUGACCCAGUCGGCACACCUCCAGUGCCCAGCUUGACUUUGGACUUCAAUCCAAAUAGUAAGGAUAAAGGCCAAGUGCCUUCUGCCAUUCGUCGUUCUUCAGCCAUCCGUGAGUGAGGCCCCCCCAGGAACCGUGGAGCUGGACUCACUCACAGGCUUAUUAGACUCUAGCAUUCUUGCUGUUUCCUAUCCUGUGCAGCUUUCAAAAGAGCCUGUCCUGCCCCCGAAUCCCAUCGCACUGCCUGCCCGCAUCGCUCUGGACUGGCCUUGUGGUCAGAGCCAGAAGUUCCUGAAAUGCCUGGACUGCCCCCAACCUGAACCCUUGGUAUCUUCAUGUAAGGGUGAAAUUCAGUAAAUUGAUAAUGUAAUCAGA